UGAUUGGACUAGGGCCAAUUGGGUGUGUGCCAGCCAUGAGAACAUUGACCAGAAAUGGAACUUGCUCAGGCAAAGCCAACAAACUUGCAAAGCUUCUCAACAUUGCACUUCCUUCAAUUCUCACAAAGCUGGAGACUCAACUACAAGGAUUCGAGUACUCCUACUUCGACUUCUACACCACAGGCAGUGACAGUAUAAAAAAUCCAUCAAAAUAUGGUUUUAAGGAAGCGAAAACUGCGUGUUGUGAUUCAGGCCCUUAUAGGGCAGGACCGACCUAUGGAGGCAAGAGAAGAGUGGAGGAAUAUUCAUUAUGUCAUCAUCCGAAGAAGUACGUGUUCUUUGAUGCCAACUAUCCCAGUGAGAGGGCUAACCGGCAAGUUACGCAAUUAAUGUGGCAUGGGAGUCUCAGUGUAAUCAAAACUCACAACCUGGAAGCAUUGUUCAAACUUGAGGGUGUUUAAAUUUUAUAAUUAUCUAGAAUUGUAGGUAAAUAACCACAUCCCACUCGAACAUCAAACUAUGAAUGACGAGGCAUGAUGUUGGAUUGAUUGUAUGUUUGCACUUCUGAUAUAGAAUGAGGAUGUUCAAAUGAGUCCUAGUAUUGUUCGAAUGGCAAUAGACUUGAAUGCUUUAUAAGUUUCGGGAAAA